AGGUCAAACCCACCGCUCUUAUGUUUGGAAUUUGGAUACUUGCAGUGUUCCUGCUUGGCACAGCCACAGGCAAAGAGGUCUGCUACGAUCGGGUAGGAUGCUUCACUGAUGAUGUGCCCUGGUCUGGGACUCUGGAAAGACCCAUCCACAAGUUACCCUGGAGUCCAGAAACAAUAAGCACCCGCUUCCUUCUCUACACAAAGCAAAAUUCUGAUAACUAUCAAGAUAUCUCUGCAACUAAUCCAACAACAAUCCGGCAAUCAAAUUUUGACGUAAACAAGAAAACAAGAUUUAUCGUACAUGGAUUUAUCGACAAAGGAGAAGAAAACUGGCUGUCAGACUUGUGCAGGAGGAUUUUGACAGUGGAAGAUGUGAAUUGUAUCUGCGUGGACUGGAAAAAAGGCUCGAGAUGUCAGUACACCCAGGCGUCAAACAACAUCCGUGUCGUAGGUGCUGAAAUAGCCUACUUUGUAAAUGUGCUUAUGGAACAAUUUGGAUACUCUGCAAGCAAUGUCCACAUAAUAGGUCACAGCCUGGGAGCCCAUGUGGCAGGUGAAGCUGGGAAAAGGAGGCCGGGGAUUGGAAGAAUCACUGGUCUGGAUCCUGCUCAACCAUAUUUCCAAGACACUCCAAUUGAAGUCAGGCUGGAUCAGUCUGAUGCGGAAUUCGUGGAUGUUAUUCACACAGAUACAGCUCCCACUAUCCCCUACCUGGGUUUUGGAAUGAGCACAGCUAUUGGACAUCUUGAUUUCUAUCCAAAUGGAGGAAGGGAAAUGCCAGGAUGUGGCAAGAAUCCCAUUUCACAGAUUGUAGACCUUGAUGGCAUCUGGGAAGGAACUCGGGACUUCGUGGCUUGCAACCAUUUGAGGAGUUACAAGUAUUACUCUGAUAGUAUUAUCUACCCCAAUGGAUUCCUAGGCUUCGCUUGUGCUUCCUAUGAUACUUUUAAAACAGAAAGUUGCUUCCCGUGUCCAAAAGGAGGAUGCCCAAAUAUGGGUCACUAUGCAGAUAAAUUCAAAGGGAAAGUUGGAAAUGGCAUCACAAAACUUUACCUGAAUACUGCAGAGCACAAAAAUUUCCCUCUUUGGAGGUACAAGAUAUCUGUGACAAUUUCUGGAAGCAGUACAGUAACAGGAUAUGCAAAUAUUGCCUUGUACGGAAAUAACGGGAACACAAAGCAGCACAAGAUUUUCGAGGGAUCCCUCAAGCCAGGCAGUACUUACACAAAUUUAGUUGAUGCAGAACAUAAUGUUGGAGCGAUCACGAAGGUUAAAUUUCUCUGGAACAACAACUGGGUAAAUCCAGCCUUCCCUAAAAUAGGAGCUGCAAAAGUCACUGUGCAGUUUGGAGAAACUGGAGAGCAAUUCAACUUCUGUGGCUCCGAAACCGUGAGGGAGGACAUUCUGCAAACUCUUACUGCUUGCUAACAGCACAUACAAA